ACACAACUGGGCGGCUCACCGGAAGCGAUUUGGGAAAGGUCGUCGAGACAGAAUGGAGCCGGAGAUUCGCAACCUGCGGGACUUCCUGUUGGUCUAUAACAAAAUGACAGAAACCUGCUUCAACAAGUGUGUGGCCAACCUCAACUACAGGAGCAUCACAUUGACUGAGGAGAAUUGCAUCAACAAUUGUGCUGGUAAAUUGAUCCACACCAACCAUCGGUUAAUGAGUUCCUACGUCCGGCUCAUGCCAACCAUUGUUCAAAGAAGAAUCUCUGACUAUGAGGCAAAAGCUGCAGAGGUUGUGCAGAAAUCAAAUGUGAAUCUGCCUGCAUCAGAGGGCCAAAGUAACAUUGCUGAAAUUGUACCAGGGGACUUGGAAAAUUCUGUUAUCCCUGACCCACUGAAUCAGACUAACACUGGCUCUCCUGACCAGAGUUAGUUUCUUGCUCCCAGUGUCACCCUGGCACUAAUUCUUUCACUUACCCUUGCGUGCACAGAUUGAGUGAUUCCUUCCAACUUCCAGCGAAUCAAACGGCAUCAGUUGGGAGCUGAUGUGUAACAGAAAAUCAACAGACCCAGCUCAAUAUCUACAUCACCUGGCAUUUUAAACAGGUAGUUGAAUUUGUGUUGACAGAAGCUGGAGUGUGGUCUGGAAUGGGCCAAACUGGACUGACCGCAACUAUUAGACAGUGACAAGACUGGAAACCAAAGGUCAUACUGACCAGAAUAGCCAGAGCGUUUCACAUUGUGAAAGUGAAAACUCAACUCCUGAAUGCUGAACUGUUAACAUCUUAAACGAAAAAGGAGCUCAAGACAGCCAAGGCAUGGAACUGAUUAAAGUUAGUUUCAUUGAAAAUGUUUCCUUGCUCUUCAGUGAAUUAAUAUACAUUUAAGUUACAGGUGCCCUAACUGACUUGGUACCAUCACAGUGUCUGCCAACUUCUCUCUGCAGCGUCUUGUCAAAUGCCUUCUGGAAGUUCAAAUGCAGCAUGCCCUACAGCAAUUCACCAGAUAACCUCAGACAGCAUCUUCCAAACCCAUGACCACUUCCAUCUAGAAGGACAACGGUAGCAGGUAUAUGGGGACACCCCUGCCUUCAAGUUCCACUCUAAGCUAUUCACCAUCCUGACUUGGAAAUGUAUCACCAUUUCUUCAAUGUCACUGGAUCAAAACCCUGGAAUUUCUGCCCCAAGGCAUUGUUUGCCGAACUGUGGGUGGACUGCAGCAUUUCAAGAAGGCAACUCACCACCAUCUUCUCAAGAACAACAAGAAAAUGCCACCAAAACCAGUGAUGCCUGCAUUCCCUUGAACAAAUUAAAAUGCGGGCCAGUCCUAUAAUUAAUUGAUUUACAUCCUUAUAACUGCAAACGUACUAAUAAUAAACAAAGAUGUAUAUUUAG